GUGACAGUUUGUAGCACGCUGGGGGUUGUAAAACAAACAAAAAACAAAACAACAAAACAAAACAAAAAAACCCAAAAAACAAAAACCGCAUACUUGGAUGGUGUGGACGAUGACUUGCCUCCCAGUCACUCCCACGCAAGAGCUCAGCCAAACCGGUCUCGCGAGAAUAAGAAAGAAAAAAAAUAAUAAGGCUUUUCAUUAACCCCGCCUUCAACUCGAUUUGUUUCCAAGCAACAGUGCCACCAAGCUCUGGUCGGCUUCCAAGGCCCCAGGGUCGGCUGCGGUGCGAGCUGACAGCCUUAGGCUGUCCCAGGUCCUCCCGGACCCUCAGGAGCCCGCCCCCCUCGGGCCUGCAGGCGCCUCAUUGGUCCAGCGUGCCUCCAGGUGCCUCCUGAAGACCUACCAUGUCUGGGAAUAGUACAUUUUCCACAGAAGACAGCAACAGCAGCUAUAAACACCAUGCCUCCAAUCUCCGAAGGGCAGGGAAGAAAUGCUCAUGGGCUUCCUAUAUGACCAACUCCCCAACACUCAUUGUUAUGAUUGGCUUGCCAGCCCGGGGUAAAACUUACGUGUCGAAGAAACUAACACGCUACCUCAACUGGAUUGGAGUACCCACCAAAGUGUUUAAUCUGGGGGUGUAUCGGCGUGAAGCAGUCAAGUCCUAUCAGUCUUAUGACUUCUUCCGACAUGACAAUGAAGAGGCCAUGAAGAUCCGAAAACAGUGUGCCCUGGUGGCACUGGAAGAUGUUAAGGCCUAUUUUACUGAAGAGAGUGGGCAGAUUGCGGUGUUUGAUGCCACCAAUACCACUCGGGAGAGGAGGGACAUGAUUUUGGACUUUGCCAAGCAGAAUGCCUUCAAGGUAUUCUUUGUAGAAUCUGUCUGUGAUGAUCCUGAUGUCAUUGCUGCCAAUAUUCUGGAGGUAAAAGUAUCAAGCCCUGACUACCCCGAAAGGAAUAGGGAGAAUGUGAUGGAGGACUUCCUGAAGAGAAUUGAGUGCUACAAGGUCACUUACCAGCCCCUUGACCCAGACAACUGUGAUAAGGAUCUUUCUUUCAUAAAGGUGAUAAAUGUAGGCCAGAGAUUUCUGGUGAACAGAGUUCAGGACUACAUCCAGAGUAAGAUUGUCUACUACCUGAUGAAUAUCCAUGUCCAUCCUCGUACUAUCUACCUGUGCCGGCAUGGAGAGAGCGAGUUCAAUCUUUUGGGAAAGAUUGGGGGUGACUCUGGCCUUUCGUCGCGAGGAAAGCAGUUUGCUCAGGCUCUGAAGAAGUUUCUGGAGGAACAGGAGAUCCAGGACCUCAAAGUGUGGACGAGCCAGUUGAAGAGGACAAUUCAGACUGCUGAGUGUCUUGGGGUGACCUAUGAGCAGUGGAAGAUCCUAAAUGAGAUUGAUGCUGGCGUAUGUGAGGAGAUGACAUAUUCAGAGAUUGAGCAGCGCUAUCCAGAGGAAUUUGCACUUCGAGAUCAAGAGAAGUAUCUGUAUCGAUAUCCUGGUGGGGAGUCCUACCAGGACCUGGUGCAGCGGCUGGAGCCUGUCAUCAUGGAGCUAGAGCGCCAAGGCAACAUCCUCGUCAUCUCCCACCAGGCUGUCAUGCGCUGCCUCCUGGCCUACUUCUUGGAUAAAGGCGCAGAUGAGUUACCAUACUUGAGGUGCCCCCUCCACAUCAUCUUCAAACUUACUCCUGUGGCCUAUGGUUGCAAAGUGGAAACAAUUACCCUGAAUGUGGACGCUGUAGACACUCAUCGUGACAAACCAACUCACAACUUCCCCAAGAGCCAAACCCCUGUAAGGAUGAGAAGGAACAGCUUUACGCCUCUGUCCAGUUCGAACACAAUAAGGCGUCCGAGAAAUUACAGUGUUGGGAGCCGACCCCUCAAGCCCCUCAGCCCUCUCCGUGCCCUGGACAUGCAAGAAGGGGCGGACCAGCCGAAGACCCAAGUCCAGCAAGGGUCAGCCCAGGCUACAGAACAUCCACAGAAAGCCCUGGAGUUUGCAAAUGGACAUAGGGUGAGAGCUCUUGCCCCUCUUUUCAUGAGAAACAAUCCUAAGUUUUUGCUGGCCUGGGGAGCUGGCUCUAAGAAUGUGGAUAUGUCUUGGUUUCUGUUCCUAACUUGAGGAGCUGGACAGUCCUUUGCUGGCUGUGAAAUGGGGCUGAGCUAGGGUGAAGUCUAGUUCUUAGAAAUUUAUACUUCAGAAUUUUUGUCCUGUGGGCUCUCAUUCUCUCUCUCUCUCUCUCUCUCUCUCUCUCUC